AAAUUUCCCUGAAACCUUUAAUGCUUCCAGUAUAUAAAGUUGUCGUAUUAGUAAAUUAGAUCCUUGGUUCCUAGUUAUGAAUUGAACACAUAUCUAAUGACUGAUCAACAUAAUUUCUACUUUGUGAGUUGUAAAACUAAUAAAGGUCUUCUUAUUUGUUUCCUUAACUGUGGAUGACGUAAACUUUCUCUUUAGAACCACAAUUUAGCUUAGUGAAGCUGUUUCUAUAGUAUGUUUUGACGAGAUAACAUCAGAGACCAAAAGUAGCUUUGUUUGCUUCUAUUUUUGGUGUAAAAUGAGACCGAUCUCUCUACACCAAUAUUCUUGAGUGUUAUUUUUUUAAUGUGUUUUGCUAAUACUGUUUACUUCUAAGAAUAUCCUAAAGGUGGAUGCCCUAAAGCUAAUCCCAGUAGUCCAGGUCUUAUUUUGAUGUUCUUUUUUCUAGAUCAGAUAGUUUUAUGAUCUGCUUUAGGAAGUCCUUUCACACUUUAAGCUCUCAUUGCAUCAAGCAAUGGAUUAAUGCUAUUGCACUUAUUAAAUAUCAUAACUGUCAUUUCUGCUUUCAGGGAUCAAUAUCUAUUAGCAUGUCUAUAUAUCAGACUCUCUUUUGUUUCAUUUGCUCUCAUCUCACGUCAGGUGAGAAGGAUGCCGAUGCAGCCAAAAGAAUCGCUGAUGUCCAAGAAAUACAUAGACGGACACGUUUUAAUUCGCUAUCUAGUAUUGGACUUCCUAAAAACAUCUGUGACCAUGAGAGGAUAAUCUGGCUAGGGGACUUAAAUUAUCGUCUCAAUCUAUCAUACGAGAAAACAAGAGAGCUAAUUUCCAAAAAAGACUGGGCUAAGUUAGUUGAGCAUGAUCAGCUCAUCAGAGAGCUUAGGAAAGGGCAGGCAUUUGAUGGAUGGUCUGAAGGUACUUUGAACUUUGCCCCAACUUACAAAUACCAGACAAAUUCAGAUACUUACUAUGGAGAGGAUUCAAGGGCUGGGAGGCGCACUCCAGCAUGGUAUGUAUGUAGAUCUUUUCUCAUUGAGAGUUUUGACACUUCCAUUCAAAUAUAUCUCUUCUAUGUUUUUUAAGAUGCAGGCAAUUAUUCUAUCAAAAGACAUCUACCAAGAAUUGUUUGUUUCCAUUUUUGUCUUUACUCUUUAUACUUUGUCAAGUAGUCUUGAGCCUGAUUGAAAUAAUUGUAAUAGCGAUACUCAUUUGCUUGUUUCUCUAAUUUUGUUGCACCUCUUAUUAAUUCUAAAUUUCCUAGUAAUUUUGUAUCACUUAUUUAUCAAAAAACAACUAUAUUCA